AUGGAUAAUAGCUCAGUGCCAUCAACAUCGACCAUCAAAUUUCAAACCAUGGCAAGUAUUCGCAAUGCUCCGGUUGAUAUCGCGUCGGCACGUAUUUUGCACUAUCUUCGAACGCACAAUUAUGAUGAUUGUGCAAUUUAUAUAAAUCGUCUCAGUCCAAAUACAUUCCGUAAAAUUUUAGCAAAUGAUAUCCCGAUCGAUAUCUUAAUCGCUCAGUUACCAUUUUCAAUUGAAGUUUUUGAAGUUAUCUACUCGAAAAUCUUUAUUCACGAUCCAGACACAUUUCCUUUGCGAAUUUUGAAACCUGAACAGAUCAUAUCGAAAAUGAUCAGCAUUUUCACGACUUCAUUUACGGACAAAUUAACCAACUCGACAACAAUGACAACAACAACAACUACAACAAGCCCGAUGAUAUCAAAACCUAAACAGAUGGGUGUCGAUGAUGAACGUUUGUUAAGUAAUCUCUCAAGCAUCUUACGAAUCAUUUCGUAUGUACAACCAGUUCUAUUCAAACGUCUUUUACGUCAGAAGGAGACGAUUGAUGAAUGUAUCCUUCAUUUCGAACAGCAUCCGACACAUUUAGCAAGCACACCGUCGCUUCAUAGGUCAACAUCAUCAUCAUCGUUGAUACCCAAAUCUCUAGAAGAAACUAUUCGUCAUGAAUUAGAAUCAACGAUUGUUUGUUGUCAACAGGCGUUACAUCGAUUAGAAACUAAAUCAUUAACAACACAAUCAGCAUUAUCAACUCAUUCAACACCGAUGCCGAGCCGGAAGCAUUCGACAAUUUCAACAGGACAUUCAGCAAGUUCGUUCGAUGACAUUCAAACACGACUUUUUCAUCACAAAGCCAUUUUGAAUAUGGUCGAGCCGUAUCUAUCUCGCACAAAACUAUAUUCAGUUAUGGACAAUCUUGGACAGAAAGUUUCCAUUGACAAGAAAAUCCUACUAGCAUAUGCACACAUAAAAACACACGAAAAGCAAAUUGCAUUUGGUGAAACUCUACUACCACUAUUCAAACGAUUCGCUUUUGCUUAUGAACGCAUUAUUCAAUUAUGGAGACGAGUAACUGACAGUGCAUUAAUCGAUGAAUGCAAUGACGAUGUUGUGAUUGAUAUUACAACUGUUCCGGCUGGUCCUGGAGGUUGUUUCGAACGAGCACGUUCUCAAGAACCACGAUCAUGCCGUCAUCGUUAUGAAAUCGAUCGUCUGUUCUAUAAAGAUGACAUGGCUGUUAAAAAUGGUCGAUCAAGUACGUAA